ACGCAUCCUGUUGCUGGAGUUACAUGUUUGUCACAGAGACAGAGAAUGAAAGAGAGAGAGAGAGAGAGAGAGAGAGAGACUUGAUGACAGAUAAACUGAGGUGCAUUCAUAUUUCAAGUGAUAGAACAGGAAAGAAUGUGAGACAGGGAGAGAGCGAGUGAGAGCGGGGGGAGAGAGAGAGCGGGUGAGAGAGAGAAAGAGAGAGACACAGAGAGAGAGAGAGAGAGAGAGACCUGUCUCACUGGGAAAUAGAGAGGAAAAGAAAAAAACGCCCCCAAUCCCUUCGGCAAGCCCCAACACACAGCUGUACAAGCACGGAGAGAGAGAUCUGAACACGGAGAGAGAGAUCUGAACACGGAGAGAGAGAUCUGAACACGGAGAGAGAGAUCUGAACACGGAGAAAGAGAUCUGAACACGGAGAAAGAGAGAGAGAGAGAGAGAGAGAGAGAAGGAGAUCUGAACACGGAGAGAGAGGAGAGAGAGAGAGAGAGAUCUGAACACGGAGAGAGAGAUCUGAACACAGAGAAAGAGAGAGAGAGAGAGAUCUGAUCACAGAAAGUAAUCAAUAGCUGUGCGUUAAUGGAGUUAAACAGAAUCUGGGAGUGGAGAUUUUAAGCCGGAGACAGAAGUGUGUGUUUGUGUAUUUGUGUGUGUGAUGGCCGUGGAGCUGAUCGGCUCGAGCGUGAGCGUGUGUGAAGCCCCGGUGAGCGAGGAGGAAGGCUGAGGAUCCCACGGCUGAGGAUCCCACGGAGAACGAGGACGAGACGUCGAACCCACCCUGACUCCCAGACGCACUCUGAUCAUAAUGAGCGGAGAUGUGCUCUAGCUGAGCUCUUUCACAGCAUCCGAGUCUUCCUUUCUACAUUGUGCACGUGUGUGUGUGUUUUGGAGCGCAUGGCCGUGGGCAGACUGGUGCUGGUGGCUGUUGCCGUGGCGCUGGUGUCGCUGGUGCUGAACGUGGUGGCGGCGCUGGGCUCGGGCUGGGCCCUGCAGACGCUGGAGGACGGUCGCAGACGCAGCGUGGGGCUCUGGAAAGUGUGUACACAUGAUACGGACACACACAUGCUGCCACACGCCACCGCCGCACCAUGCCAGAGCCUCGGCUGGGGAGCAGACCUGGCGGGAUACCAGGAGUCACGCAACACCGUCAAACUUCAGUUUGACAUGAUGCGUGCGUGCAACCUGAUGGCCACGGUGGCUCUGGCCAUGGGUCAGCUCAUCUUCCUGCUGGGGAUUCUGAAGAUAAACUGCAUCACCCAGGAUUCUCCAUGGUGGGAGGAGGCCAUCGCUGCGCUGUUUCAGCUGGCCAGUUUCGUGCUGGUGAUUGGCCUGGUGUCGUUCUACAGGAUCGGGCUGUACACACACCUGUCGUACUCGUGCUAUGUGAACAUUGCUGCGGGUCUGUUGGCCACGCUGGCUGCUGCCCUGCUGAUAUGGAACAUUCUGCAUCGCCGUGACGACUGCACGGGACCGCCCGUCAUCGUCAUCAGCCGCUCGCUCGCCAUGAACUUCACACCGCGCAUAGACAAUGAAUAUGUGGAGUCGCCAUGCUGACACACACACACACACACAGACAGACACACACACACACCACACCACACACACUACACACAGACAGACACACACACACACAGACACCACACCACACACACACAGACAGGCCUAAGAGAGUUCUCCAACAUGUUUCUAUUUCAACAAGAACAUUUAUAAAGAUGUUUUGAGCUAACUUUGAAAGGAAUAUUUAAUUACAGCAACACUGCUGAAUCCUGCGCUCUGAUUGGUGGAUCAGGGGUUGAUUAAUUCUCUCUAACAGCAGCUCUGACAGUAGCGCAGGUAUAUACUAAUGCACUUGUUCUAAUAGGUUACAGUUUCCAUAGCAACAUCGUAUUCACAGGGACGUGUCCGGCGGAUGCACCGCGUAAACACGCGUCUUUAAAAAGUGUCUUUUUUGGAAGGAGUUUAUGGGAGGAGUCUCCAGUGUCAGAGGUUUAAGAUGAAGAGUUUCUCAGAAACCUGACGAGAGACAGGACACAGAGAGCCUGGUGAGGGAGAGACUGUUUAUAGCUGCUACAGCGCAUGUAAGAAGCAGAACUAACUCAUCUCAUGGAGAUUAAAUGUAACUAUAAAAGGGUAAAAAGUAUGAAGAGUGCUUCAGGAGAUUUAUGAAUAAACACAGAAGUGCAGUGUAAGAGGAAUAAAACACUUAGUUCUGUUAUAGGAAAAUAAUCAACUGAAAUUCAUGCUGAAAUCUCUCUCUCUCCCUGUCUGUCUUUCUGUCUCCCUCUCCCCCAGUCUCUCUCUCUCUCUCUCUCUCUCUCCUGGUCUGUCUUUCUGUCUCUCUCUCCCCUGUCUCUCUCUCUCUCUCUCUCUCUCUCUCUCUCUCUCUCUCUCCUGGUCUGUCUUUCUGUCUCUCUCUCCCCCUGUCUCUCUCUCUCUCUCUCUCUCCUGGUCUGUCUUUCUGUCUCUCUUUCAUCUAUGUUUCUCUCUCUUUCCCUCUGUCUGUCUUUCCGUCUCUCUCUCCGUCUGUCUUUCUCUCUCUCUCUCUCUCUCUCUCUCUCUCUCUCUCUCUCUCUCUCCUUUCGCUCUCUCUCAGUUCUGUUAUAGGAAAAGAAUCAACUUUGCUUUAGUGCAACACCACACUGUCACUCUGUAUUUUACUGCAACACACACACACAGAGUGUUUAUUACUCACAUAACGUAUGCAGUGUAGAAUAUUUAUAAAUUAUAUGGAGUUUCUUACAGGUGGAGAGUCAUGAAAACAUAUCAAGUACAAUUUAACACACACACACAAACAGCACUGAGCAGGAGGACAUGGCUGAUGUGGGACUUUUGGAGAAAUACAGUGAAGUGGAGAGACUCUGCUCAUAUCCUGAAUAAUAUAUAUAUCAACACUCUCUCUCUCUCUCACACACACACACACACACACACACACGGAGCACUAGGACAGCUGGAGUGACCGCAGCACCCAGUAUACUGAACUGGAGCACAAAAUCAAGCUGGAUCUUGACUUUAAUCCUCUCUCUUGACACAACGAGUAAAAUAUAGACACUUGUUCAGAUUGAGAGAGAGAGAGAGAGAGAGACACACAGACAGACAGACAGAGAAAGAGACAAUGAUCAUUUGGUACCAAAGAGUUUAUGAAGUGAGUAAUGUGUUUUUUUAAACGCUUCCUGGUCCACUGAGGGUGAUCACGGACAGAGCGCAGACUUUUACACAAGGUCUGUAAUGUAGAGACAGACAGGCGUCUCACUGGUCACUCUGGUCACUCUGGUCCCUGUAUUUAUGGUACCUGUAUUUAACUCUAUAGAGUUGAGCUGAAUUAUAUAAUAGAAUUUUAAUCAAGAUAGUAUCACGUGUAUAAACCAGCACUCUAUACAGACGGUCACUUUUACCCUGAUCAGGACUAAAUACUCGAUAGUAAUGACGUAUUAGAGAGAUAAUAAUAAUAAUAAUAGUAAUAUGUAAUAAAUGUAAUAUUGUAAUAUAAUAAACUUUAUUUCAACCUUU